GUUGCACCCGUGAAUCGGCAUCCCAGCGAGAUGAAGCUCACACUACAUUGCUGUGUUCCAUUGCUCGCAGCGUUACUAGUUUCCAGCACGGCUGCUCAACACGCACAAGAUGCACUCAAACAAAGCUAUGAUGGUACCGAAAGUUCAGCCGUGCGUGAACAACCCGAGCAGCGUUGCAUUCCUACAAAGGAAUGUCCUCCCGACGAGGUGUUCAAAUGCUGUGGACCCUGCUAUCAGCUGAACUGCUACGGUACCGUGCUGGACUGUGGCGGACGAUGCUACGCCGAGUGUUACUGUGCCAGCGGCUUUGUCCGAGAGUAUCCCGGCGGUCGCUGCAUUCCCAAGCUGUUCUGCCAGCGGCCACUGCUGCCAAUUCUUUCCGACUAUGAGGACUUGCUGGAGGAAUAA